AAGGCAAGAGAUCAAUUAGUGUAAAAGUGAGAAGAAAAGAUCAUAUUGAUGGCCAUGAAAAGCAAAGUGCUCAUCGUCGGGGGAACCGGGUACUUGGGAAAGCGUCUAGUUAAGGCAAGUUUAGCACAAGGUCACCAAACUUAUGUGCUACAGAGGAAGGAGGUUGGUGUUGAUAUUGAGAAGGUGCAACUGCUGUUAUGGUUUAAGCAGCUAGGAGCUCAUCUCGUCACCGGUUCCUUUAACGACCACCAAAGCCUUGUGAAUGCGGUGAAAUUAGUGGACGUUGUCAUUUGUGCAAUAUCCGGAGUUCAUAUCCGAACCCACCAAAUACUGCUUCAACUCAAGCUUGUUGACGCCAUCAAGGAGGCUGGAAAUAUUAAGAGAUUCCUGCCAUCGGAAUUUGGGACGGAUCCAGCGAGAAUGGAGAAUGCAAUGGAACCGGGAAGGGUGACAUUUGAUGAUAAAAUGGUGGUGAGGAGAGCAAUUGAAGAAGCAGGCAUUCCUUUCACUUAUAUUUCUGCAAAUUGCUUUGCCGGUUAUUUCCUGGGUGGACUGUGUCAACCUGGCUUUAUCCUUCCUUCAAGGGACCAUGUUCGCUUGCAUGGAGAUGGCAAUCAAAAGGCAAUAUAUGUUGAUGAAGAUGAUAUAGCAACAUAUAGCAUCAAAACCAUUGACGACCCUCGGACUCUAAACAAAACAGUGUAUAUAAGGCCAGCAGAGAACAUCUUAUCUCAAAGGGAAGUGGUGCAGAUAUGGGAGAAAUUGAUCGGCAAAGAGCUGCUCAAGUCUUCCAUUUCCGAGCAAGAGUUCCUAGCAAUAAUGAAAGAACAAGAUUAUGCAGAGCAAGUUGGAUUAACACAUUAUUAUCACGUGUGUUAUGAGGGAUGCCUCGCCAAUUUUGAAAUCGGCGAUGAAGUCGAAGAAACGUCCAUUCUUUACCCAGAGAUUAAAUACACAACGGUUGAGGAGUACAUGAAGCGUUAUUUAUAAGAACAUAUAAACCGAAAUUAAAAGAAGAAA